AUGCUCAUACAGAAAUGUUUUACGCUAGUACCCACGGAAGAUAAAAAUUUAGAAAGUCUAGUAAACGAGUUAGCUGAAUCCAAAAAGAGCAUUAGGAAAAUACAGAAUUGUGGGACACAAGAAAAGAGUGGUGAUGAUUCAUUUUACAAAGAUGAUAUUCAUAAAAUAAAAAAAACAACAGCUGUUAAAAUCUUUAGUGAAGAUUUAUAUGAUAAAGAUAAUGAAUGCAAUAUAAAAGAUAACAAACAGGACAUAAAUGCUGAAGCGCCUAUAGCAAAACAUAAAAAUGAGAAUGCCUUUUGCUGUAAUGAAGUUUUUUAUGAUUACAACUUGAUCUUUCGUAAUAAUAAAUUAGGAUUGUCUAAUAUUAGAGAAAAUACCCUAUUUCAAAGAAUAUUUAAAAGUAUUGAAGAGGAAAAUAUAAAAAACAAAAAUGAAAAAUUAAGAAAAAAAAAUAAUAAAUUGAAAAGUAUAAAUGCUGAAUUAAAUAAUCAAAAAGAAUAUGGAAAAAGCAAAAAUUUUAAUGAUGAAAAUGCAGACCAUUUAACAGAAUCAGUUAUUCAACUGAAAAAAGUUUUGAAUGAUAAAAGAAAAAUAGAUUCAUCUUUAAAAAUUAAUGAAAAUGUUUAUUCGAAGGACGUUCCAUUUUCUUCCAUUUCUGGUGAUAGUGAGAAAUUCCACAAAACGCCAAGUAUUUGUGAAUAUGAAAAAUUAAAAAAUUAUUUUCCGUUCAAUAAUCAAAACUACGAGGAGGAAUGGGAAAAAAAAAAAAAGAACCAAAUGGAUAUGGAGAAUAAGAAAGUAAAAGAAAAGGAAAAAAAGGAAAAGGCAACAGAAAAGGUAAAAGAGGACAACGUAGUCGAAAAGGUAAAAUACGACAAAGUAGUCGAAAAGGCAAGAAACGACAAUGUAAUAGAGAAGGUAAAAAAGGGAAAAGAACUAGAAAAGAGGACUGAACAGAAUUAUAGCAAUGGACAGGAUAAUGAACACUACAAAAGAGUACAUAAAAAUGAAGGUGCGCACGAAAACGGUUCAAAUAAAAGCCUUAAGCACAGAAAAAUACUUAGUAAAAGGGAGAAAAUAUUAUCCAAAAAGGGAGGUAUCAAUAGAAGCAGUAGUAAAACCAUCAGUAGAAGCACUAAUAGCAGUAAUAUAAAUCCAAAUAACGAUUAUUGCAUACACUCCUGCAGUAGUAAUUAUGGUGGAGAAAGCUGUACUUCUUGCAUAAAUUACAAUAGUGCUCCUAGAAACGUUAAAAUAAAUAAAGAAAUGGCAUACGAACGCGUGCAGAAAGACAAAGCAUACAGAAAGAGUCAUAAAGAUAAAACUACAAAAGAGAGAAAAUCAAAUUUAAAAAGAAAGAACGAAACUUUUACUCUUAGAAAUGAAUGCAACAAUAUUCCUACGGAUAACACGUUAAACAGUGUUACUUUUAAUAAAAAAAGGGAAACAAAAAAUAGUGUUAACAUAAUAAAGUCAUUAAGUAAUAAGUCGGAUAAUGGCGUUCUGCAUAAUUUUUAUAACUCAUCAAAUAAUAAAUUCCUGUUUUUAUUUUUAAAGAAAAAAAGAAAAAAAUUGAAUUUGCAACUGCUAGUGCAAGCAAAAUAUAAAGGAACAAAAAAUAUAGAAAAAUAUAUAAGAAUACCAAAAUAUACAUUAUAUAGAAAUAAUAAAAUCAUAAGAAAUAGUAUGCGUAAUAUAUACCUUAAUAAAGUAAAAAAGCAACGCAAUAAGUCUUCACAGAAUAAAUUUGUUAAAUACAGCAUGCAUUCUAGUUCAGCAAAUUUUAAGGACGGGAAUAUUUCAGGCGAACAGGUGCGUAUCAUUCGUUCUAUGUUAAAGGAUUUUCAUACCCAUGAUUCUAAUAAUUAUGACGAACAUUAUGACAAUCAUUAUGCUAAUAAUUAUGAUAGUAAUUAUCGUAAUAAUUACAAUAUUAAGUACACUAAAGGUAACAGCGAUAAUAACAAACGUAACGGAAGCUAUUAUCACAAUGAUGAUUGCAUCAACAGAGAUAACAUUAACUCGAACAUCACAUACAGAAACAGAAACAGAAACAAAAACAGCAGCAGGAAUAAUCAGGACACUGAAAAGAGUACCCUAUAUACAGGUAAAGGUCAAAAUGAUUUUAUGCACAAUAACAAUACAAAUGUGAACCGACUGGCGAAAAAAGACGAUUUGGAUGAAAAAUUAUGUAAAAAGAAAGUUGACAAAAAUAUGCUUAAAAAUAAAGGAAAUAAUGGAGAUGAAAAAAUGGGGAAUUUACUGGAUGAACUUGAAACAUAUAUGAACUUAUGUCCUACCGGAUGCAAAGGGGCAAGUAAAGCAAACGGUGAACAAACAGGUACAGACUGUAAAGAAGCAGGUAAACAAAUACAUGACAGAAAUAUUUUUCACUUGAAUAACGAUACUCACACGGACAGUAGGGAUAGCGUUAAAUUCCUCAGAUGGGAUAACAAGCAGAAGGAAAUUAAGGAGAAGAAAGAAUUGAUGAUGAAUAUGCUAUCAUUUUAUAAUAAAUAUAAACAUAAACUGAAAUUUAUGUUGCUUGAGGAGUAUCAUUAUUUAAAGUACAUGAGAAGUUGUAUUAAUAAAAAUAUUUAUAAUACGUUUAAAAAUAAAGAUAUGUCUGAAGGAAACCAUAUUAAGGACAAGUUUAAAAUGGAUAUAACUCUAAUAAAUGAACUUUUAUAUCAACUUAAUAGAAGUUGUGUAUCUCACAAAAGUGAAUUACAUAAUUCAGAUGAUGAAGAUGGUAGUUUUUUUUUGUUUUCUCAUGAUUGUGAUAGUAAUAACGUGAAAAAUAAAAAAAAUUUAAUUAUUGACUUAUAUUCUAAUCACAUAGAUUUUAUAGAUGUCUACAUUCAAACAGAGAAAAGAAUAAAAAGAAUAGAAAAAUAUUUAAAUGUCGUUGAAACAAAUUAUGUAGAAAAGAGAAACAACAUAUUGGGAACAAAUGAAGACGUUCCAAUGAAAAGCAAAUCUGGAGAUUUUACUGAAAAACAGUACAAAAACGAUAAUAAAGAAAACAGUGCAAAAAAGGAAGGCUGUCCGUUUUAUUAUAUAGACCAAACCAACUUACAAGUUGGAGGGGAGGAAAUUGGAAUAAAAAAUAUGGAAAAAAUUAGUGAAGCGAAGGAAGUAGAGAAUAAAGAGCAUGUUUAUAAUAUGUCAAAAUUGAUAAAUUGUACAGAAAAAGAAAAAGGAAUUACUUCUUCUACCUCAAAAAAGAUACGGGUAAAAGUGAAAAGAAACAAUAACUUUAGGAAUUCCUAUUUAAGGGAAAAUUAUUUUAGAAAUGACUGUAAACCCUUGCUCGUUGUGAAGCUGUCUAAAUACUUCUUGUGCUAUACAGCAAAUAUGGGCAUAAAACAUAAAAGAAAUUCUGAUAAUUUGUUAUAUAACUUAAAAAAAUAUGCUGCGCAUUAUAUUCCUUCUUCUGAUAAAAAAAAUAGAUACAUUAAAAAGUACUUUCGUUACUUUUCCUAUAAAAAAGGUUUAUUUCUAUUUGAAAAGAAUAAGUACCUUUAUAGUAUUUUAUCUGGCAAUAAAAAAAGGGACUUUAUUUCUAAAAAAUUUGGAAACGCCUCAGAACUGGUUAACAAUAGGCUUAGUUAUGAACGUGUGCAUAAAUUAGAUCAAAGGAAAAACAUAAAAAGCUUAAAAUCUGUAAGUGAUAAUAUCAAUGCAAGAAUUAAUAAUUGUUUCCUUCAGAACACGGAGUAUGAUAGGGAUAAUACAAUGGAAAAACUUUCCCACUGUAAUAUUGAAAAGAACAUUAACCAUUUUCCUACCAUGAACAAAGGUUACAACAUUAGUUAUAUCAAUAGCAAUAUAAUUCGAAGAAGUGCAUCUCCCAUUGGUGAAAGAACAAGUGGUGAUGAUAUCGCAAGUUUUAAUGGAAAAGAAAGAGAUAAUAAAAGCGAAAAUUUUAUUGCUAACAAUGAGAAUGUCAAUUUUGUAUCUUCAAAUAUAAGCACAAACAAGAAAAGUUAUAUCGAUUUAUUAUAUAGCAAAAUGAGUAGGAAAAACUGCACUUCAGGAGAGAGAAUAAAGAAAGAAUUUAUGAAAAAUAAAGAAGCUAACUCGAAUAUUCCAAAUAAUAUAGACAAAAAAAUGGAAUAUACUAAAAAUGAAAUUUAUGAUAAUAAAAAUGAUGAUAAUAUUAUGGAUAAAAGUUUAAAUAAUGUAAAUUCUUAUCUGAGUAGUUCGAAGUUACUAAAGGGAAAUAUUAAAUAUGAAAAUUUACAUCGUAAUAAUAAAGAAGGAAAAACAUUUGAGAAUUCAUGUGAUUUAAUAAAGUCAUUAGAUCUUAAAAAUAAUCAUGUGGUGGCAGAUAAUAAUAUAUAUCAGACGAAUAAUAAAUUUAGAGCUCAAGAUCGUAAGGUAAAUAAUAACUUAGAUAUCUUACAAAAUGACGCGAAUUUUUCCCAACCAUUUAAGAAUGAAUACUUCAUAAAUUCAUCCAAUUUGGCGCAGACUAAUAAAAAUAGUAACAGUAAUAAUAACGAUAAUAGCAACGAUAAUAGCAACGACAGUAGUAACGAUAAUAAUAAUUAUAAUGAUAAUAAUAACGACAAUAGUAAUGAUAAUAAUAAUCAUAAUUAUUUUAAAUUUUCUGAUAAAAAUACAAACAAAUGCGACACGUCUAACAGUUUAAAACUACUAAAACAGUUAGACUAUAAAUAUGCAAGUAGAAAAAAUAAGUGUAAAAAGGGAAAUGCAGGAUUUAAUGCAGCACGUAAUGGAGAAUAUAAUGCAGCACGUAAUGGAGAAUAUAAUGCAGCAUGUAAUGGAGAAUAUAAUGCAGCAUGUAAUGGAGAAUAUAAUGCAGCACGUAAUGGAGAAUAUAAUGCAGCACGUAAUGGAGAAUAUAAUGCAGCACGUAAUGGAGAAUAUAAUGCAGCACGUAAUGGAGAAUAUAAUGCAGCACGUAAUGGAGAACAUAAUGAAGCACGCAAUGGAGAAAGCAUUACAUCAUUGAAUGGCGAAGAUAAUGCAGCACAAAAUGAAUACUUCUUUAUUCUUCAUGAAAAUAACUAUAAUACAAUUAACCAUGUUGAUAGAAGCAAAAAUAGAUAUGAAUUAAAUUGCUCAUAUGAAAAAAUUGUCAAUACUCUUUGUAAUAGUGGAUCGAGAUUGCUACGAAGUAAUAGUUAUAAUGAUAUGCACACAAUACUUAUGUCGAAAUUCGACAAAAGUUUACAAGUGGAUAAAGUAAAAGAAGAUAUAGAAAUAAAAAAAAAUGCAUCAAAAUUAUACAUGGACAGUUUUAAUGAAAAGUACCAACAAAAAAAAAAUAUAUCAAGGCGUUAUUCAAGGGAUAUAAAAAGAAAUAGAAAUUUAUCUAUUACAUUCACCCAAUUAGAGAACGAGGUGCGUGCUACAAAUAAGGAUGUAAUUCCUCAUCACAUGAAUAAUGAUGUAAAUGAAACUAAACGUGAAAAAUUUACCAAAUUUGUUCACAAAAAAUUCCAUGCGAAUGAGCUGACUAACAUUUCAAAAGAUAGUGCUGGGAAAAGGGGAAAAUACGAUAUAAACAUAUGCAACAGCAGUCGUAGAAGCAGUAAAAAUAACAGUCAUAAUAAUAGUAGAAGUAGAAAUAGCAGUAAGGAGGGUAGGAAAAAUCAAAGUAACAAUCCAGGGAGAAACAGAACUAAAUUGAAGAAAAAGAGCACAAACGGGAUAUCUCCCUUUAAUGGUGAUAAGAACGAAAAAAGUGCAUCUCCCUUUAAUGGUGAUAAGAACGAAAAAAGUGCAUCUUUCUUUAAUGGUGGCAAAAAUGAAAAAAAUAUAUCAUAUUUCAAUGAUGUCAAAAGCGAGGGAGACACAGCAAAAUAUAUGAAUAUAUUUGGUAAAGACGUAAAGGAAUAUCCUUCAGAUAAGAAAUUCCAGGUCUAUGGCGCACAAAAUGAAGUAAAAGCGCAAUGCAUUCAAAGAAGCAAAAACAACAUGGUACGAAUAAAGGAAAAGACAUUUCGUGAUGAGAACUGUUCCCAUUUAAAGAUUAAUAAUAAUGAAUUAACAUCUCUUGACCUAUUAAACUGUAAUUAUAAAGAACUAUAUAAUAAUUGUGUAAAUUUAAAUUUUAUAAAAAAUGAAAAUUAUAAUAAUAACCAAGGUGAUCAGAUUAGCACUUCAGACACUAUAAUUAAUGAAGGAAAUAAUAAUUUGCAUAAUAAUUCAGUUAAAAAGAGAAGCGAAAAUAAUUUUUUUAUAGAACAAAAUGAUAAACUAAAAAAGUGUGAUUUAACACCAAAAAAAUACAUAAAUUCUAUUAAUUCCUUAAGCGAAAUUAAGAAAAAAAAUGAUUUUAAUGCUAUAACUAAUAUAGUGAACAAUGAAAAAAAGAUAGAAUGCAUUAUGUAUAGACACACAAAAGAAACAAUACCGAGGAAUGGCAUUGCGUAUUAUAAUGAUAAUGAUGACGAUGAUGAUAAUAGUGUUGAUAGUGAUGGUGAUAGUAACGAUUGCUUUAACAAUGAGAAACAUGGGAAACUCCUCAUAAACGAAUUGGUCAAAAAAGAAACAGACUUCAAUUUCUUGGAAAAGUGCUCCGAGAAUAGUCGCACACAUAACAGUGAUAACGAAACAAUAAAUAAGUCUAAUGAAAAUUUAUAUAAUAGUUUCUACAACUCUAAUAAUAACUUAUCACAAGGUUUUCAUUUUAUGCAUGAAAAUUAUAUAACAAAUGAAAAGGACAAUUUUUAUAGAUCACCUAAAAAUAUUAUUAAUACCAAAAAGCUAGAUCAAAUUAUUGAGAAAAUACGCAGAUGGAAUAAACGCAUAGUAAAUAAUAACAAUUAUGUACAGUGCAUGUUUUGUGAUAAAUAUCUAUUUAAGUUAAAAAGCUAUAAGGGUGAUGAAUAUAGUUAUGAUGAUGAUAACUAUGGUGAUGAUAGCUAUGUUUAUGAUAUUUUUAAUACUUCAGAAAACGAUAAUAUGAAGAAAGAAAUAUAUACAUGUGCCAUUUGCAAACAUAAAAUAAAAGUGUUGAAUAAAUACAACUAUCACAAUAUAACACCAAAAAAUGAUGUAGAUAUAAAAAGAGAAUGUUUUGAAGAUCAACUAGAAGAAAGUAAAGAACGUAUAUCUAAUAAUAAAGAGGAAAAAAUAAUUAAUUUACAAAGUAACCAAUUUGAUGAUUUAUCUUACGUUAAUUAUUCUACGGAUAAUUUAUUUACCAAGUCUAAUUUUAAAGAAGAAUCUAUAAAUAGUAAUAUUUUCUUUAAAAAUAUAAAGAAUAAUUCUAAAAAUGUAAAUAAAUGUUUUCAUUAUAAAAAUAGCAGUGAUCCUUUUAAAAACAAUAUUUAUGGUGACUUGGAGAAUUGCGAACACUGUGAUAAUUUGGAUAAUGUGAAAUUUUUAAUUUCAAAUAGAAAAUUAUGUAGUUUUGAUAAUUCAAGUAUUAAAUCAUUUUUAUUUGAUUUCAAAAAUGCCUAUACUAGUAACUACAGUGAUGUCAGCAAAAUAUCAACCAUGAGUAAAGGAAGUAUAUUAAAUGAAAAGGAAGAGAAUAACCAAAAAUUUCAUAACAUUCGUUAUCCGUAUUGUAUUAAGGCGAACACUGGAACAAAUUCAGAUAAUAGGAAGAAAAAUUUUGCUUACUUCAUUAAUGCAACUGAAUUUAAAAAUAAGUCUUGUAGCAAUGAAAAUGUUGCUUGCAAUAGUAGCACUAACUUUUUUUUAAGAACAAUAAAUAAAAAUUUUUCCUAUGAUAUUAACAUGUUAAGAGUUCGCAAUAUGAACAACAUUCCCUUUUUUAUAAAAAAGAAUAAUAAAAAUUGGAAUUCUUAUAAUUAUUAUAAAACUCCUACCCUAAAUGAUACUAUUAAUACAUAUGGAACAAAUAUAUUUUAUGAUAAAACUAAUACUAACGAACAGAACAAAAUUAAUAUAGAAAAAAUGGGAAAAAUGUUUUUUCAUAAUCAUCCUUUAAACAAAGAAACAGGAAAAAAACAGACAAAUGAAUAUCAUCAAAUUAGCACAACUAAUAUACGAACAUGUGAACAUACGUAUGAAACAAAUCCUCAAAUAAAGAACAAAAAUGACAACAUAGGAGAUAUUAAAAAGUUGAGUAAAAAUAACCAAAAGGAAAAUGUAAAUGGUGUUAUUAAAAGAAGCAAUAAUGUGGAAAAAAGGAAAAAAAGGAUACAGUUAGAAGAAGCUAACAAAAAAAAAUUGCAAGAAACAGAAAAGGAUAAGGAAAAAAAAAUAAGAAAAAAAAAUGAUUAUUUUACAAACCCAUCUAUAAACCUUUUUGAUUAUUUAAAUGAUGAAGAGGAGCCCAAUUAUGAUUGUGAACAAAGGAUAAACAUGUGUACAUCAAUCCGAAGUAAUUUGAAAAAUGUUAAGAAUAGCGAAGAGAGCCAUUUGUUUGCGAGAAAUAAUAUCCUACAGUUUCUAAACAAUAAUAAUGAUAUUCCCUCAAAGAAUAAAGAAAGCAAUGAAAUACUAAACGAAAAAGAUUAUUUCAUGAAUUCUUUACGAACAAGAGAAAAUAUAUGUAUGCCGCAAUAUUCAAGUGAUACAAAUACAUGUUUCAAAAGAUAUUUUUUAGAACCAAAUAAUGUAUUUACAUCCUACAGUGAGAACUAUUCCUCAAGCACGAAAUUUAUGGACGAACCUGCGUGUAAUAAAUUUAAAAGUAACAUUAUUUAA